CAACUGCAGAAAUACACAAACACAAGGAGCACAGUACAAACGCCGAGUGUUGGGUUAUUGUAAUUUUUGUGAAUUAUUCUAUUCUGUGGACUAUAUUGUUAUUAAAAAGUAUUUUGCAUUUUUCCAGUAACUUAUUGUGAAUAUAUUGUCAUUAAGAUAACUUGAGAUUGGAAUUAUGGCGAUUAGAACGUACGGAGACAAACCAAUAAGUUUUCAGAUAGAAGAAAAUGGAGAAUACUACUGUAUUGGAUCUGAAGUUGGAAAUUAUUUACGCCUCUUUCGAGGUUCUCUCUACAAAAGAUAUCCAGGUAUGUACCGAAGAACAAUUACUAAUGACGAAAGAAAGCGACUUAUAGACAUGGGUCUCAGUGCUCACUGCCUUGCCUCUAGUGUGUCUCUAUUGAGAGCAGCCGAAGUUGAAGAUAUUAUUGAAGGAAAUGAUGAAAAGUACAAAGCUGUUUCAGUGCACUCUUCAGAACCAUCUAUACCUAGAGAAUCAAAAUCAAAGAAGAGCAUGUCAUGGGUUCCAUCUUUGCCUACAAGUUCACUGGAUGCUGUUCCUCAAGCUACGCCAAUCAAUAGGAAUAGAGUCAACAGCAAGAAAGUUAGAACUUUUCCAUUAUGUUUUGAUGACACAGAUCCUCUAAUCAACCAUGAGAAUGCUGCACAACUUGAGCAACUAGUUCCGAUACGUUUAGACAUGGAACUCGAAGGACAGAAAUUGAGAGAUACUUUCACUUGGAAUAAAAACGAAACAUUGAUAACCCCAGAGCAGUUUGCCGAAGUUCUCUGCGACGAUCUAGAUCUGAACCCUGUCACAUUUGUACCUGCCAUAGCUCAGGCAAUCCGUCAACAAAUUGAAGGUUUCCCCACUGAUAAUAUUCUUGAUGAGCAAUGCGAACGUGUCAUUAUCAAGUUGAACAUCCACGUCGGGAAUACGUCUCUUGUCGAUCGUGAAUGGGACAUGAGUGAAAAGGAGAACAACGCAGAGACUUUUGCCAUGAAGUUGUGUGCAGAAUUGGGUCUAGGAGGAGAAUUUGUGACAGCAAUUGCCUAUUCUAUUCGAGGACAGUUGAGCUGGCACCAAAGGAUGUACGCCUUCAGUGACUCCCCCUUGCCAACUGUUGAGGUUCCAUUUCGACAGUCGUCAGAAGCUGACCAGUGGUCGCCAUUCCUUGAAACUCUCACCGAUGCCGAAAUGGAGAAGAAGAUUCGUGACCAGGACCGCAACACCCGACGUAUGAGGAGAUUAGCCAACACUACUCCGGGAUGGUGAGAUGAGAAGAAUUCUGCGGGCAAGUUGACCAAACUCCUCAAAAAGCCAGAGCCUGCAGAAAAAGUUUCAACUUGAACAGUGUGCCAAUUUUGAAGCACACUGAAAAUGCCGAAGUCUGUGAGAUAACUGAAAGAAUACGCAGAGAAACGCAGAAUAUCAACGCGGAAAGACAUUUUAAAGGACAAGGUUUAACAUUUGUUAGAAUGAAGUAAACAAUGUUUUAUAUAAUGAAUAAGGUGACAUAUUUUUACGUGUAUUAGUAAAUUUAUUAAUGGUAUAUUUCUUGAAUAAAUAUCAAGCAACCGAGGUAGUCAUGUAGGAUCCAUCAGUCAGAAAUUAUAAUUUUUUACUUGGAAUGCUAUCAUGUGUAAAUUUAUAAUUUUUAAUACGAUAUGUUAACAAUGUUACAAUCUGAAUGUAUGUUAACAUUAAUAGUUUAGUGAAAGGAAAAUAAUGUAUUUGAACGUUUCAUAUUAAUGGAUACAAUGUGAUAACACUGCUAUAGUGCUACAUACUUUAAUAAAUUAAAAUAAGCUUGACGUUAAUAUUUUGAGCUUUCUGUUAGUUUGAAUUUGAACUAUGGGGAAGUAAUUCGAAGAAAAUUAAGGUUAUCAAUAAUAUUUUCUUUAUUCAUUGGGAUCUUCAUGUUCUAUUGUAUUCCAAAGAUAGAUUAUUUUGACCAUCUCUAUUAGAAUAGCUAAGAUAAUCCUAUUUAUCUCGUUGGUAUCAUAAAUAGUAAUGCUCUAUACUACAAUCCAAGUGCAGUAGGUUCCUUUAACAAGCGACUUCAAAUUUUAUAUAUGGUCAGGGCUUAAUAUUAGAAAUAAAAGUGUCAGUAUAGAGAGGAUAUUAAAAUUAGGUUAUGUUUUAUUUUUUAAAAAAAAUUAUUUUUGACAAUUUUUAUGAAAAGAAAUCGAUUUAUUUUAUUUCUAUUAAAAGCACUAGGGUGUAUAACAUUUCUUCGAAAUUUCCUGAUCACUUUUCCAGUAAUUUUGAUCAGUUUAAGGUGCAGUAAAUACAGUAAAACGUUAUUGAAUAAAAUGAAUAAAUAUGUAAAGAAAAACGAUAUUGUCUGUACAAUAAUUACAGCAAUCUUUAAUAUCACUAAAGCUAAAAUUUCGUACUUGAUUCAAUCAUAAAUUGUAGUUUUUUUCUUAGUAGUUGAUGUGAAAUUGUUAUUCAUCUACGAUUGAAAGAUAUUGUACAGGAAUAUUGGAAUAAAUAAGCUAUUGUGUAAUUUUGUGUCAUACAUUUUUUUAUCAGUUUAUUAAAAGAUUUGAAAUAUAAUGAAAAUUUCAGUAAA